UACUAUUGAACGUCUGUAUAAAAGACAGCCGUUCUGGGUUGUUCUAUUAUACCUUUUGGGACCUGGAUGCAAGUAGGUGUGGUGACAAUAAGUACAGUGUGUUCUCAUAUUUGAUUUUACCUAUCUUCAGUUGAUUUUGGGUGAAAAAUGUCGACUCCUUACAAAGGCAAAGGACGAUGCUUCGGGGAGUACAGGUGUCCGAAAUGCAAAAGGGGUUGGAUGAGUGCUAACUCCUGGGCAAAUUACGGUCAGGAGUGCACUCAGUGCAAGAUUAACGUUAUGCCUCAUAAACAGAGACCUCUCCUGAAGCCGGAUGGCUUGGACAAGAGUGAUCCGAACAAGAGACAUCCACAAGAUCUCUGCCAAAAAUGCAAAGCUCUGGGAAGAUAUUGCGGAAACACCUAUUACUAAACUAGAGAGUAUUUUUUGCUAGGGUUUUUUUUUUAUCUGAACGUGUCAGACCGUUAUUUUGUAUUUCACUAAGGAAAUUUUGCAAUUAAGGGUAGAAUGAUCGUUAGUUCGUUUGGUUUAAACGCACCCUUACUCUUACGGUGUAAUCGGAAACCAGUUGUUGUUAUUCAUAAUUAUAGGUAUUAAGUAAGUUUUUAUCUCCAAACAUUUUGAAAGGGCUGCUUACAUGGAUUUUUCAAAAUUUUCCAAUUCAGAAACCCCUUCAUUCACCAUUUGUUAUAACGAAAGCGGAGAAAGUGCAAAUUACGGGUUUAUAAGUGUUAAAUUAAAAUAAUAUUGUCUAAGUAUUAAAUAAACUAACGAAUUGCAGCAAGUUUUAACACUUAUAAAAUAAUUGCUCUCAGUCCUCCAAAAAAGAAAACGAAUUGUGGGUAGGUACAAUAAUUUUUAGUAAUAACACAUGUGUCAAA